AUGCCUUCACCAUCAAGCAACAGUCCCCUCUCCGUCAAGCAACAGUGUCCCCUCCGUCAAGCAACAGUCCCCUCUCCGUCAAGCAACAGUCCCCCCCAUCAAGCAACAGUCCCCUCUCCGUCAAGCAACAGUGUCCCCUCCGUCAAGCAACAGUCCCCUCUCCGUCAAGCAACAGUCCCCUCUCCGUCAAGCAACAGUGUCCCCUUCGUCAAGCAACAGUGUCCCCUCUCCGUCAAGCAACAGUGUCCCCAGAGUCAAGCAAGCAGACAAUCCAGCAAGGGCGCCCAUGACACAGCGUCUAGGAUCCUUCAGGACUACGACUUCAGGAACACCGACACCUUCAGGAUCUUCAGGAUAUGCAGCAGUCAACACAUCAAAAGGUCAACACAUCAAAAGGUCAACACAUCAAAAGGUCAACACAUCAAGAGGUCAACACAUCAAGAGGUCAACACAUCAAAAGGUCAACACAUCAAAAGGUCAACACAUCAAAAGGUCAACACAUCAAGAGUUAACACAUCAAGAGGUCAACACGUAAAGGUCAACACAUCAAAGGUCAACACAUCAAAGGUCCAACAUCAAGAGGUCAACACAUCAAAGGUCAACACAUCAAAGGUCAACACAUCAAAAGGUCAACACGUAAAGGUCAACACAUCAAAAGGUCAACACAUCAAAAGGUCAACACAUCAAAAGGUCAACAAAUCAAAAGGUCAACACAUCAAAAGGUCAACACAUCAAAAGGUCAACACAUCAAAAGGUCAACACAUCAAAAGGUCAACACAUCAAAAGGUCAACACAUCAAAAGGUCAACACAUCAAAAGGUCAACACAUCAAAAGGUCAACACAUCAAAAGGUCAACACAUCAAAAGAGAUAAUCAAGUCUUUUCUAGAGAGAUAAAAGAUCACAACCAGAGAGCUACAACCAGAGAGCUACAACCAGAGCCACAAACGAGAGCUACAACCAGAGAGCUACAAACAGAGAGCUGCAACCAGAGGCUACAACAGAGAGCCACAACCAGAGAGCUGGCUGUAACCAGAGGCUACAACCAGAGAGCUACAACCAGAGAGCUACAACCAGAGGCUACAACCAGAGGCUACAAACUAGAGAGCUACAACCAGAGAGCCACAACUAGAGGCUGCAACCAGAGGCUACAACCAGAGCUACAACCAGAGAGAGCUACAACCAGAGAGCCACAACCAGAGAGCCACAACCAGAGGCUACAACCAGGAGAGCCACAACCAGAGGCUACAACCAGAGAGCUACAACCAGAGAGCCGCAACCAGAGAGCUACAACCAGAGAGGCUACAACCAGAGAGCUACAACCAGAGCUGCUAAACCAGAGGCUACAACCUAGAGAGCCACAGCCAGAGAGCUACAACCAGAGAGCUACAACCAGAGAGGCUACAACCAGAGGCUGCAACCAGAGGCUAGCACCAGAGAGCUACAACCAGAGCUACAACCAGAGAGCUACAACGAGAGCGCCAACAGAGAGCCACAACCAGAGAGCUAAGCAACCAGAGCCACAACCAGAGAGCAACCAGAGGCUACAACCAGAGGCUACAACCAGAGGCUACAACCAGAGAGAUAGAGGGCCACAGCCAGAGAGGCCACAACCAGGGCUACAACCAGAGAGCCACACCAGAGGCUACAACCAGAGGGCUACAACCAGAGAGCCGCAACCAGAGGCUACAACCAGAGAGCUACAGCCAGGGGAGCUACAGCCAGGAGCUACAACCAGAGAGCUACAACCAGAGGGCUCCAACCAGAGAGCCACAACAGAGGCCACAACCAGGAGAGCCACAACCAGAGAGCCACAACCAGAGAGCCACAACCAGAGAGCCCAUCCAGAGGCCACAACCAGAGAGCUGCAACCAGAGGCCACAACCAGAGGCUACAACCAGAGAGCCACAGCCAGAGAGCUACAGCCAGGGGCUACAGCCAGAGAGCCACACCAGAGGCCACAACCAGAGGCUGCAACCAGAGGCCACAGCCAGGGCUACAGCCAAGAGCUACAACCAGAGGCUACAACCAGAGAGCUAAGGCCAGAGGCUACAACCAGAGGCUACAACCAGAGAGCUACAGCCAGAGAGCUAACCAGAGAGCUACAACCAGAGGCCACAACCAGAGAGCCACAACCAGAGAGCUACAACCAGAGAGCCACAACCAGAGGCUACAACCAGGAGGCACAACCAGAGGCUGGCAACCAGAGAGCUACAACCAGAGGCCACAACCAGAGGCUAACCAGAGAGCCACAACCAGAGGCUACAACCAGAGGGCUACAACCAGAGAGCCACAGCCAGAGAGCCACAACCAGAGGCUACAGCCACAGAGAGCCACACCAGAGAGCCACAACCAGAGGCCACAUCCAGGGGCUACAGCCAGAGGCUAGCAAGCAGAGCCACAACCAGAGAGCUACAGCCAGAGAGCCACAACCAGAGAGCAGCCAGAGAGAGCUGGGCACCAGAGAGCCACAACCAGAGGCCACAACCAGAGGCUACAACCAGAGAGCUACAACCAGAGAGGCAGCAACCAGAGAGCUACAACCAGAGAGCCACAACCAGAGAGCUACAAACAGAGGCUACAACCAGAGAGCUACCAGGAAGCAGAGAGGCCAAACUAGAGAGCUCGCCAGAGAGCCACAACUAGAGCUACAAACAGAGGCUAAACCAGAGGCUAAAACCAGAGGGCUACAAACCAGAGAGCUACAACCAGAGGCCACAGCAGAGGCUACACCAAAGAGCCUCAACCAGAGGCUACAACCAGAGGCUACAACCAGAGAGCCAAAACCAGAGGCUACAACCAGAGAGCCACAACCAGAGAGCCACAACCAGAGAGCUACAACCAGAGAGCCACAACCAGGAGCCACAACCAGAGAGCCACAACCAGAGAGGCUACAACCAAGAGAGCCACACCAGAGGAGCACAACCAGAGAGCUACAAACAGAGCUACAGCCAGAGGCUACAACCAGAGAGCCAACCAGAGAGCCACAACCAGAGAGCUACAACCAGAGAGCUACAACCUACAACAUCAGAUUUAGCUUCGUGAGACAGAUCGACUUCAAGCUUCACCAUUGUGUCUCGGAGCUUCGUGAGUUGGAUUGA